CCUUUAAUAAGAACGUCCAUGUGAGAUCAAAGUGCAAGAUGGCGGCGAAUGUGAUACCAGGUUUAGACGGGCAGACUGCACAGUCUGGAGAGACUAACGACACAGACAGUUAUUUAUACGCGCACAACUCCAACACUGAGUCUCAAGAGCCAUCAAAAGAGGGUGGUAUAUAUGGUGCCCCAGGAGAUCAGUACCAGCGACCCACUGAGACGUCCACCUACUCCUCCACACAUACGGAGCCCCCUCCUCAGAACUCUAUUAGCUACAAAGAAACAGACACUCCCACUGUUUCAACAAGCACUGGUGAUGUUGGCUACUCUGGCAGUGGAUCGUAUGCUGAAGAUCCUUCGUAUGGUACAAAAACCAGUGAAUCUUACCCAGCAACAUCAGUGUACGGAGGAGGAACGUCAUAUACUGACAGUGGAUCGUACAGCUAUAACACACACACUACCACUACGGCCAACUCUCUACCUGGUACUCAAUACUCUACCACUACUGCAGAGUCAACAGGGCCCUCUACUAACCCUCCCAUCUCAGGCACACCCAAGAGAUUGCAUGUCACUAAUAUUCCAUUCCGAUUCCGAGAGCCAGAGCUUCGUCAGUUAUUUGAAGGUUAUGGUGACCUAGUACAUGCUGAGAUCAUCUUUAACUCCCGAGGAUCAAAGGGUUUUGGAUUUGUGACAUUUUCCAACGAAGCAGAUGCUUUAAAAGCCAAAGUUCAUGUCUCAGGCACUUUUGUGGAUGGACGGAAAGUUGAGGUUAACGAGGCCACCCCUCGUACUGGUGGAGGUGUUGGGGUCGGUGGUAGUGGUGGUGGAAGGGGGCGUGGCGGAUCCCCCAGGCCGUGGUCUGAUAGGAGAGGAGGGGGAGUCCCCUCUGGACGAGGCUACAGUGGAGGCAGAGGGGCCCCACAAAGUUAUGGACAGCCAUAUGGGUAUGGGCAAAGCUAUCCAAACUACCCUAACUAUAACUAUGGCAAUUAUCCCCCUCCUCCCCAAACACAUCAAUCAGGCCCCCCUCCCACUUGGAGCCAGGGUGGAAUGAAUCAAGGCAGCAGUGGUUAUGGAUCAGAUUAUCAAAGCAACUACUCACAGCCCCAGCACUACAGACAGUCUCAUGAUUACCGUUAUGCACCCUACUAGCAUUGAACCUAAUCACCUUCUCUGUGCCAUCUCUUGUCACAACGUUUAUUAACUGUAUACUAUCUAUGGAGGCUUGUAAAAUUAUUUUGUUUUAAUGUGGAUGAACUUUUGACCUUUAAUAUUUCGGUAUACUGCAAAUGAACUUUUAACCUUAAUUGUCAAUUCGCAGCCCUGAAUAAAAUUACUGCGCAUGCGUUAGAAGUGCUUCCUGUAAAGGAGGUGUGUCACCCCUGAACCUGAAAAAACAUAAUCGAACAGAAGAACCUGUGUGUGCUCCAUUCUCUGAAGGUCUCACUGCUACGAGGUCUAAUAAACUGCCCCAACCAAGUCCUGUGUGUGAUAAAACUAUCAACAUGAAGAGUCUAGCGAUUGCAACGGCCCUAGUGAUGGCGCUGGCUCUGUUACAUCCUGCUGCAGCUACCUCUGGUUCACUGGGAGAUCCGGCUGGAUCAAUAGCCAUUGCUAUCAUCGUGAUCGCCAUGCUCAUCAGUGUGGGCUCUGGGCUAACCGUGUGUCUCUACAGAAGUGAUAUCAUCCCCUGUUUCCAGAAUCGGGCAGUAUAAAGGAAUGAAAAUUUUAUCCAACUGGUUAUUAUUUUAUCGAACCUCAGACUCAUGCAUGUUAAAUGUACAAGAUUUGUGGACGUACAUACGUAGCCUUUUCAAAAAUGUAUGUGUUGUUAUAGAACAGGAUCUUAUACUGUCUCCGUUUUAUUUUUGCUGUCUUACGUAUCUAUAUACAGUAAACUAUCGAUUCAAUUAAGUUUCUCAA